AUGGAAGAAAAAAUACGCCUGCGUGAGCAGGAUUUGCCCCUGCCAAACAGUAAUCAGUUGGCUUCUGCCGUAGAGAAGAAACAACGCCGUCGCAGACGAUGGGCAGCCUCGGCUCUUUUGACCAGUCUCGCCUUGAUGGCGUGGACGCACUGCGGCAGCGGUUCCCUCCUGGCAGGCAGCAAUCUGGUCCAGAAACAGCCGCAAUGCGUGCAGGUCGCGCCCCUGCGGCCCAAUGCUACCAGCCCAAAGCUGGAUGAGAUGGAUGGCUAUCUCAAGUCGUCGGCCUUCAAGGACGUCAGCGUGGCCCGCCUCUCGGGCGCCGUUCGCAUCCCGACCGUGUCGUAUGAUGACCUGAGCGAGGAUGUCUCGGCCGACCCUAGGUGGAAUGUCAUGCCGCCGUUUGUUGACUACCUGGCCAAGACCUUCCCACGGGUGCACGAGAAACUAGUCCUGGACAAGAUCAACACCCAUGGGCUGCUGUACACAUGGCAAGGGUCUGAAAAGUCCCUCAAGCCGACCUUGCUCAUGGCUCACUACGACGUUGUCCCCGUGGCCAACGAGACGGUUGGUUCCUGGACGCACCCGCCCUUCAGCGGGCACUUUGACGGCCACUACGUCUGGGGCCGUGGCUCGAUGGACUGCAAGAACACGCUGAUUGGUAUCCUUUCUGCCGUCGAGGCCCUGCUUGAGGCGGGCUUCUCCCCCCGCAGGACAGUCCUGCUCUCGUUUGGCUUUGACGAAGAAAUCUCUGGAGCUCGCGGCGCGGGCCACCUGGCACCCGAGAUCUUGUCACGGUACGGCAAGGAUGGGAUUGCCGUUCUUAUCGACGAAGGGGCGACCAUGAAGAAGAUCUGGGGUACCGCAUUUGCCGUACCUGGCGUGGCAGAGAAGGGCUACAUGGACGUCGACGUCGUGGUGCGCAUGCCCGGUGGUCACUCUAGCAUCCCCCUCCCGCACAACGGCAUCGGUGUCAUGUCCCAGCUCGUCGUGGCGCUCGAGGACAACCCUUACUCGCCCCGCCUGAGCGACGAGAACCCCUAUCUCGGCCUUUUGCAAUGCGGAAACGACCACGCCGAGGACUUCCCCAAGGGCCUCAGCAAGCUCCUCGAUAAGCGCAGCAAGGGCAGAGGCCACUGCCGCAGAGAUCCCCUCGCCGAGGAGGCGGCCAAGGCCGGCGCCGGGACAAAGUACCUCUUCACGACGUCGUUUGCGCCCGACAUCAUCCACGGCGGCGUCAAGGUCAACGCGCUGCCGGAGCGCACCGCCCUGCGGAUCAACUACCGCAUCAACGUCGGCGAGACGACGGCGCAGGUCCGCGACCGCCUCAAGCACCUGGCCGGCAAGGUUGCUGCACGCCACAACCUGACGCUCAACGCGUUCGCACACGUCCCGACCGGCAAUGCGGAAGAGCCCGACGACGAAGACGAGGAGCCGUCGUCUAUCACGCUGCGCGUGCGCCGCGCGCCGCUGGAGCCGGCGCCCGUCACGCCGACUUUGGUCGAUGGCGUCACGCCGUAUGCGGUGCUGUCCGGAACGUCCCGGGCGCUAUAUGGCGAGGAGCUGGUGGUUGCGCCUUCGCUCAUGACGGGCAACACGGAUACGCGGUACUACUGGGACGUGACUAAGCACAUCUUUAGGCACAUGCCGGGGUUUGAGCUCGAUUCCACUGACGACUUUAUGGACGGGAUCCACACCGUCAACGAGAAGGCGAGCAUCGGCGCGCAUGUCAAUGGUGUGAUAUGGUAUAGUCUGUUUAUCAGAAACAUGGACGAGGUUGAGAUGGAGUAG